GAGGGUAUAAAAUUGAGAAUUCUUGGCUUGUGAUAUAACCUAUCCACUGUUUCUAAGGAGAGAGUCUUCAUUAACGUCUAUUUUCAAUUUUCAUUUUAUAAAAUAGUUGAUGCCAAACUGGGACAUAUCAUCAAGUAAGGCCAAGUUGGAAUUUAGCAGAACUCUCAUUCAAAGAAACAAAAAUGAGAAGUUUGCAACUUUCAUUUUUAUUGCUUUCUUGUAUCAUCAUCUCAGCAAAUACAUAUGAAGGAAAGAAAAAAGAGGCACCGAGAUCACGGCGUGAACCCACUACAAGAAAGAAAGAUCAGCAAAAUUUAGCAACCAGAUUUCGACUCUACACAGACAGAGGUGGAGGCAGCUGUCAGAUUUUUGUUAAUCAGUUGGAGACUCUUGACAAAUGCCAUUUCAAUGCCUCUCUUCCUCUGGUGAUCAUAGUCCAUGGCUGGUCGGUGGAUGGGAUAUUAGAAAGCUGGAUUUGGAAAAUGGCAGCAGCUCUGAAGUCUCAUCAUGACCCAAUGAACGUGGUCAUUGCAGACUGGCUCCCACUGGCUCACCAGCACUAUCCCAUCGCUGUACGGAACACACGCACCACAGGACACGAGAUAGCACAGCUCCUGGAGUGGCUGGAGGAAUCUGUUCAAUUUUCCAGAAGCAAUGCUCAUCUAAUUGGGUACAGCCUGGGAGCUCAUGUUUCAGGAUUUGCUGGAAGUUUUAUCAAUGGUACAAAAAAGAUUGGAAGAAUUACAGGCCUUGACCCUGCUGGGCCCUUGUUUGAAGGAAUGUCACCAACAGACCGUUUAUCUCCAGAUGAUGCAAACUUUGUGGAUGCAAUUCAUACCUUCACUAAACAGCACAUGGGCCUCAGUGUUGGCAUCAAGCAGCCUGUGGCUCAUUUUGACUUUUAUCCCAACGGAGGCACCUUCCAGCCUGGCUGUCACAUCCUGCACGUGUACAACCACAUUGCACAGCUGGGGAUUGCUGGCAUCACUCAAACUGUGAAAUGUGCCCAUGAGAGGUCAGUUCAUUUGUUCAUUGACUCUCUGCUGCACAAGGACAAGCAAAGCACAGCUUACUGGUGCAACGACAUCAACACUUUCAACAAAGGACUGUGCCUCAGCUGUAAGAAGAACCGCUGUAACACCCUGGGCUACAACAUCAGGAAGGAAAGGCUGCCCAAAAGCAGACGACUCUUUCUGAAAACAAGAGCACACAUGCCCUUCAAAGUGUAUCAUUAUCAGUUCAAGAUCCACAUCAUCAAUGAAAUCCAAGGCAAGGCGAUAGACCCAGCUUUCACCAUGGCUCUGACAGGGACUAAGGCAGAUGCUAAAAACCUGCACAUCCCACUAGCUGAAAGUAUUACUGGGAAUAAAACCUACUCCUUUCUCAUCACGCUGGACACUGAUAUCGGUGACGUCAUAAUGAUCAAGUUCAAAUGGGAAUUACCUGCACUUUGGGGAAAUAUCUGGGACACAUUUCAAACCAUAAUACCGUGGACAAAGGGCACCCAUCGACCAGGACUUAUAGUGAAGGAAAUAAGAGUGAAAGCAGGGGAAACACAGCAAAGAUACACAUUUUGCCCCCAAAGCAUUGACAACAUUCACCUUCAUCCAUCCCAAGAGAAGAUAUUUGUGAGGUGUGACGAUCUCUUCCAGGGACAAAACAGAAAAUGAGCAAGAACACAAAAAGGCAACUCCUCACCAAAAUAUUCAAAAUAUGGUACAUCUGGUAAACGUUCUAAAAAUUCACAGCUGCAUCAAAUAUCCUAGCAGUUUCAGAGAUGGUGAAAAAAUACAUUAAGAUAUUUAGUUUUUGUCAUCCAACAGUAAGCUGAAAUAUGCUCUUUGUUCAUCUAAGAGCAUAUUCUGAGAAUCAUCAGUGAGCAGCUUCAAGGCAACUGUCAAUUUUCAACUGUUUAAGAUCUGAAAAAAAAACUGCUCACCAGAAAUAAAAAUAUUAUUUGACAAAAUCAUUGCUGUAAGCCUUUGAAAAACUUAAUUUUGUUGGAUUGAAGGGAAAAAAAUUAAUUUCAUUUCAUGGUAAAUAUAUUGAAAUAUUAGUAGUUACAACUAUCAGUUAAAACCUUGCUAAAUUAUUUCCUAAUGAAGGGAGAAUUAAAUAGUUCAGAAAAUACUACCAAAUAGAUAUAAAAUAGAAAAUGUUUGAGCUGUAAUAACCAUAUGAAAACUCCAAUAAUUGUAUCAUCUAAAAACUCUAAAACUAACCUUGUUCUCUGAAAAUGCUUUGCAAUUUAACUAUUUUAAUUAAAGAACUGAUUUAAAUUACUAGCACUUUAAUUAUUUGAAUGAUGCUUAGUAUACUACACAAAAUUCUAGCACAACUAAAUUCAGUUAAUUUUUUGCAUUUAAAUCAUAUUUAGCCAUUCAGGUAAGGUCUGAAAUUUUUAGAUUCUCAAUCUCUGUAUAUCAGAUUUUGGCUUGACUUGAAACUGCCAGAAUAAAUGAAAAUGCUUAAACCUUCAAACAACUUCAGAGCACAAAACAAACUCUGUAAGGUGAAACAUACAAUUCCCUUGUUUCCUAUGUCAGAAUAUAAACAACAGAAAGGAACAUUAUUGUCUCAGACUGCUUUUAUUCUAUGGUUUGUACAGACUGAAACAGGAAUCAAUAUAUGUGUAUUCAUUUGUCACUUUAAUGCUGAGCACAAGAUUAAUUAAAAAUCAAGGUUUCUUGAACUCUGAAUUUUGAAUGUAAUUUGUGUUAAAUGUUCUCUAAGUGGUAAAAAAAUGUGCAAGAAAGUGCUAAGACUUGAAGCAAAGCACAUUUUUUAAUACCAAAAUAUUGCAGGGAAUUUUUAAUCAAAAUAUCCAGAUGUUAUCAGGAAAAAAGUGGGAUUUAUUUAGAUUGCCUGACAAAUGAGCAAGCUGAGCAGAUCCUGCAAGUACUGAGCAGUGAUCAGAUGUGGAAUGCAGGUAUCUCUGCCUACCUUUCAGAAUACUAACUCUUUUACAAGCUGUUUUCAAUAACUACCAUCCCUUCAAACUCAAUACAGAAUCAGAAAAGCUCACAAACUACAACAGGAACUGAAGCAGACUUAGAUCUCACAUGACAAUUGUUGUCCAUCCUGAGGUGUACAGAAGCUGUUCCAAUAUUUAAAAUGGCUCCUAGGAGUAG